AUGUACUCCAGUACUCUGUGCCCACCCAACAGUCAUCUCCUGAAAGACGAAGUAGUUACAGGUGGGGUUCUGUGUGCCAGGCGAGCAAACAGGGCAUCAAACCAUUCAGCGGGGUUCAAGCCUGUACAAGGAAAUCCGCUCCGUGGCUGGGUGAACAGUGACGGUAGCUUUGAGUCCCGAGCGCCGAUUCCAUUUGGUGACAUGGUUAACAACAACAAAAGGAAGGGAGUUGAAACCACAGAUGUCACCCGUUUCAAGCGUUUGAAAACUGCUUCUGCCGAUGAGAAGUACAAAGCGAUUGCAGAAUUGCUGGAGCUUGGUGAGCGCGUACAACGCGAGCGACGUCGACAAGUACAACACCGAUAUAGAAUGAAGCAAACACACUUGAUUGACAGCCUCGACAAAGCUAUUGAACAACUACGUCAAGAGAUUAAGACGCUCGAGCAGCAGCGCUUGCGUGCACCAGCAGCCACCACUGUAACGAACGACAUCUGGGAUUUUGCAAUGCAUUAUUUUCGUUUGGUUCGUCUGGGUUUCAAGCCCGGCCACCAACUCGAUUCCGUGCGAGAAGCGAUGGCAUCUGACGUCACGCACAACGUCGAGGUCGGAUUUGAGGCCAUAGCGCAGAGCUGGUGUUUUAUGCAGUGGUUUGGUGGCGUGGAAGUGGAGCUUGAGCAUCUGUGUAAAAGUGUUGGAAGCUCGAUGAUCGUGACCACGAAAACAAGUGUGACGAUCACAGAGCAAACUCUGUUACAUGUAUUUCCGCAUCUAUUGGGCUCCAAGAGUGAAGACGAGAAUGCGAAGCUGGUGAGCAAACUUCUACGCCAACGGAUAAUAAUGCGCGGUUCAACAUGCUUCGAGUGGGAUACUGUAACUAAACGCGUGGUCCGUGUGGUGGCUCAAAGUGACAUGUUAACUCCAAUGCUGCGUCUGCUAGGAAACUUGGAUGCUGUGUCUCGAGUAUUUGAAAAGGCGCAUGUUUCACCGAGCUUCCAGUGGAGACCGCUAGGUCGCGGAAAAUAA